AAAUAAAACAAAUCGCACAACUUCACUUCUCGCGUUCCCGCUAAAAAGUAUUUGUUCCAUUUCAAUUUUCAAAAGGCAGACCUGACUUUGGCUUUUGUCGCAAAACUUUUCCUCAAUGACCUAUGUUCCUUUUGCGUGUCUAAUGACGAAUCCAAUAACAACAACAACCAAAAUAUUGACGGUACCUUAAACUGCUCAUCUGCAUUGAGGUUGAAUUUUGAAUUAUAUAUUAAAUUAAACAACUUAUAUAUAAUAUGAAAUUGUUAGUGAUAACUCUUUAAAACUUCAGUUAUAAUAUUUGUUAAAAAUAUUAUCAUUUAUUUGGAAUUAAAAACGAUAUUCAAAAAUGGCAACCACGUCAUUAGCGCAACAGCUACAAAAGCUGAAGGCACCGCAAUCUUCCAUAUACAAAGAGUCAACGAUACAAGUUUCGCUGCUAUUUAACCCUUCAGAGGCAGCUUCGAAGGACCGUGACACCUUCUACGAGAUCGGCUUGAGUGGUCUUCAAGAGCUCAUAGCACUUUGCCCCGAUUUCUCCACAUACCAAGACACUUUAUUCAGUCGCUCAUCCAAAGAGUUUGAAAGAGCAGUACAGUCUAAAGAGGUCAAUCAAAACUUGGAUCAGAACAUUGAGAAGUUCUUACUUCAAUUGUCUCCGUACUAUUUACUACAGUCUGCGCAUAAAACAUUAGAAUGGCUAAUAAACAGAUACCACAUACAUCAGUACAACCAAGAUGCCAUGAUGGCACUAAUACUACCAUACCAUGGCACAAUGAUAUUCGUGAGAUGUGUUCAAUUAAUGGACCUGAAAUAUGCUUCAAACAGAUGGAUUUGGCUUGUUCCAAUUAAAAAAAAUGGUAUUCCUUUAGGAAACCAAGUUUUAUACAAUCAGUGUGCUUCUAAUAUGGGAACUCUACAAUUCAUAGCUAAAAUGGUGCUAAAAUAUGUACAAGAGUACAAAGAAAGAGCUACGCAGUUAAAUACGAUAUAUGCCUUUUUCUGUCAAGUCGCUGUGGGGACUAUUAGUACAGUAAAAAAUGUUAGUGAAGGAAUGAUUACCGCACUACUUCCAACACUUAUGAAAGGCAUUGAGUCACCCAUAGCUGACUUCCGGGCAUCUUGUUACAUCAUUAUAGGCUAUCUGUUUACAAAAACGAAACUCAAAGAAAAAACUCUCAAUCAAAUAUUGGAUAGGAUGCUAACAACUGAAUUUGAUUUGUCAUAUGAUGUAGUUCUUCUUAUAGUUAUGAUGUAUGAACACCAAAAGCACAUAACUAAAAUGUCGGAUGUGAUAUUUAAUAUUUCUGUGGACAUGAUGCAUACCUUCUGUGGUCAUAUAAAAGUACUUGUAGCUAAAAAGACUAACAUUCGACCAUUUGUGUUAGCAUUUUUAAAGAAAGUUCUACCUCUAGCACAGAGAGGUGUAGAGGAAUUUAAAACUUACAGCCCUUUGCCAGAUAUAUUGAUAGAGGAAGUUGAUUUAAAAAACCAAGAUCCUGAAAAAAUUAUAAUGUGCAUCCUAGAUGCAUAUCAAUUACCUACUGCUGAUGAACAAGCCGAUGGUGAGAGUGACAUUGAAAUUAUAGAUGAAGAGGACUUUUCAUCCAAAAUCAUCAAGUGGUAUGCUAUACUCCUUAAAAACAUAGAGCGCCAGUACCCUGACGCAUUUGACAAGGUUAUAACUUCAGUAAUGAACUCUGAAAGUGAUAUUACUCCCAAACGACAGCGUCAACUUUCAAAACUACUUGGAUUUAAACCGGCUAUAGCUCACAAAGUGGGCGGUACGUAUCUGUUUGAAAACCUAAACCACACUAAUCCAAAUCUACGUAUGGAAGCCGUGAGAUAUAUUGAAAAAGAAUUCAGAGCUCUGAAACUACAAAAUCCAGAUUUCGUGAAAGAAUCCAUUCUUGAAAGAUUCAACGAUGAUCAUAUUGCUGUAGUUAAUGCAGCCUUAGAAAUAUCGAAUGAAUCUUUAGCUCAAGUUCUUAAUGAGGUCGAUGUGACUAAUGCGUUCAUAAGAAUAAUAUCAAAGCGAUCGAAAAAGUGGAAGGCUACUAUAAAAACAGCUAUAGUUAAAUUCUGUUCAUUGAAUUUGCUACCCGUGAAUCAAGACACUGUAUUAGCAAUCCUACCACUAUUAUUCCCACGAGAUGAAAAGGAACUCGAGAUCUGUAUUCAAAUCAUGAAAUCACAAUGGGGCCAAAAGUUUGAACUGACAAAUAAAGCUUCAAAAAAACUACAAAAUCUAUCUGACUAUAGUAAAGUGAACCAGAAAAUAUUUCAAGUUUUGUUCAUUGAUAACGCCAUUGAUUUCGAUGAUCUAUUAAAUGAAAAUCAGCUAGAUAAGAAUGAUACUCUGAACAUAUGUUUCUAUCUUCUCCUUAAAACAUGUACAUUCAAGAAAGCAGCAGUCGAGGAAGUCACCGCUUUACUAAAUUUACUGCUCGAAUCUGUUGAGAACAGAUCAAUUGUUCAGAGUACUGGUGAAGUGCCCUUCUCUGCCGAGAUCAUGCCAGAAUUUAUAAUGAAAGCGAAAGAAAACAAAAUGCUCUUUGAAGUUAUAAAGUACAUAUUCAGUAAAGUCAUUGAAGAUGUCAACAUUAAGGGGGUUACUAAACCUUGGUGUAAUAUGUUAAGGACAAUAGAUAUGAUUUUAAUAAGAAGAUUGUAUGAAAUAUGUAUGACAGGGUGUGCUAUACCCGGCUACGGAGAAAAUUAUGUAGAGCUUUUACAAAAAUUGCUAGAUAAAUUCUUCAGCAACCCUAAAGAGAAGUUUGAUUUUGUAGCAAAUUUCGCCUGCGGACAUAUUCUAUAUGCCACUGACCCUAAAGAUGUGAUCGCACCUGAAUUACAAUUAAGAAGUAUUAAAUUAUUAAUUAACUUCAUUGCUGUACAAAAUAAUGCGAAGUGGCUAUUUGAUUCGGAUGUCGUCAUUAUGGUUAUCUUGUUAAAUUUGAACAACCCGAUUGCUGCUAUACGCGAAUGCAUAGUAGACUUCAUAGAAAAAUUACUUCGAGAGAAACCUGACAACAAAUUAUUGUAUGUGAAGUUAUUAGAAGAGCUACUCGUACACAGAAGUGAGUUAUUGCUAGAUCCAAAUCAGAUACAGCAGGUUCUGAAGACAAUUUUUACACAGAAAGAUCAACAACAAAAACUAUUCAGAAGAAACUGUCUAUUACGACUCACGGGCUUGCUGAGUGAAAAGACACCGAGCCAUAUAAAAUCUGCCUUCCUAAAAAUUUUGAGUCAUCUUGACAACGCUUCUACAUUUCCUUUACUUACGCCAUGUUUAAGUCCUUUCACGAAAUCGUUGAAGGAUAAAGAGAACAAUAGAUUGACAUUCGAUAUUUACGAAUCAAACUUGUUCAGAAGUGUAUUUUCUUUCAUCAACGAGUCAACCGUUACGACUUUUACAAAAGACCAAGUCUGGAAUAUCAUUGAAUUGGGCUUGAAAGAAUACAGAGAAUGUGUACUUGAAGAAGAUCAGUCGUUUACAAGUCCCGCUGUUCUCAUAAUGAGACAAUUAACAGAAGAUGUAUUCGGAAAAGCUCCCGAUGAAAAACGUAAACAAUUAGUUUACCUCAUUAGCUUAGCUGGUGCGGUAAGCAACAACUCAAAAAUUUCAAGCGUGGCCUCAAAAGUAAUGAAGAAAAUUCAACUUGCUUUCGAAGAUUUUAAACCAAUUUUAGAGGGCAUGGUGAAUGCUGAGGAUCCCGCUGAUAAUGCGCAGAAAAAGAAGAAGCACACGGUUUCAAUGCUAUCAUAUCAAUUGGCUGAAACCAACGAAUGGAGAUUGGGCGUGACCCUACUCGAAUAUGUCCAAUCAAAAAAGAAAAUGAAACUUGACAAUACUUUCGUAACAAUCCUCUUCCAUGUAUUGAAAAGGUGUUUGAGGUUCGAAGAGCAAUCGCACGUCGAAUACACAAAACAAUUAAUCCUGUCCUCAUUGUGGUAUUUCUGUAAAAAAUACGUAAACGACAAAGACGCUCAACAACUGAAAUCUUUAAAGAAUAUCUUCGAUGUAGACUUGGUUGUCCAAUGCAUCAGGGGGACCCAGAACCCUCAAACUCACCAUCAUGCAUUGAUCCUAUUGUCACACGCAGCGUACAUGUUGCCAGAGCAAGUUCUCAAUCAUACAAUGGAAAUUUUCACUUUUAUGGGUUCAUCAGUUCUCAGGCACGACGAUGCGUACAGCUUCCAGAUAAUUACAAAGAUUAUAGAAACUUUGAUACCUAUUUUAGUGAAACUAGACAAAAACAUUGAAGAUCACACGGAGAAGGAAUUGCAGCAGCUUCAGAAUCGAGUCGUCCCAGUGCUUCGUAUAUUCGCUGACGUUGUCUUGCAUGUUCCCGAACACAGAAGGUUACCAUUGUUCAAAAAACUGCUAGAAACACUGGGACCAAGUCAGUUCCUUUGGGUGUUCCUAGCUUUAUUAAUAGAAACUCAUAUUGCCCAUUUCAAUGAACCAAAGAAGAAGGAUAAAAGGCAAUCAAGAACAUUGGCCGACCGAGAAUCGCCACUUAACAGACUCGAUUUUGGCCAAAAUGUCGUCCUUGAAUUCCCACCAGAGGUCUGCCUGGAAAAUUUCAUAAAAUUAAUCUUGUACAUCAGAUCUUUGCCCAUACAAAAAGACGACGAGUCAAUGGAGACUGAUAUCGAUCCAAGUGAGAUAUUUAGCGUGAACGGUCACACGGCAAUCCAACUCCGUCACUACAAAUACGUUAUAAUAACAUUCAUGAAUGCUUGCUUAGCGUCAUCCCGAUUUAUCCACCACUGUGGUCAAGCUAUGAUUCCGAAAGAAAUGGAAACUCACUACAAGAACCUCAUCGUGAACAUACUAACCUUCAUACAGUCAAUUUCCAAAGUGUCCGACGAGAAGACAGCUAAGUAUUGGCGGGUGAUGUUGCACCACAGCUACGACUUAUUAGACCACACGAACAAUCUGCUAUCGGCUCAGAUGUUCUUGGGCGUCGUUAAAGGAUUAUUGAAGUACCCGUUGCAAACGGUCCGAAGGAAAUCUAUGGAAUUAUUGAACUCAAAAAUACAGAACACUCCAGAAAUCUUUGCCGAAGUCGAUAAAGAAAUUUUGCAUUCACUAAUACCGGAGCUCUUGGAUAUUGUGAAGACUGUAGAAAAUAAAGAUACCAACUUAAGUGACGUCGCCGCGCAAGAAUUGGAACUGAACCAACAGACAGCCCUUCUUUCCUUGAAGCUAUUGACCCGGAUGUUGGCAGCCGAGGAUCCAGAACCAUUCAAAGCAGUUCUCGAAGUGGUCACAGAGUACACGUGUAACCAAAGCAUUUCAGGAAACGUCAUGGCCUCUAUUGUUUUGUGUUUGGCCGAAUUAUGCAGCAACCUGAAAGCGCACGCCCUAGUCAGCCUUCGUAGAUUCAUGCCUGCCCUGAUCAAAGUACUGAAGAGGCAGAGAAAAGCUGAAACACCGGAGCUGAUCUUACUCAGUACCGUGACGGCCAUAGCGAAAAUCGUCGAAAGCCUACCUCUGUUCCUAAGUCCGUAUCUACAGAAAGUUCUAUACGAGUACUCUAUAUUAUUGGCCAAAUGGCAGGUCGCCGAUCUGGAGUGCAGUAAAAUAUCCGCUAUAGUCACAAAACUAUCGAAUAUACGAAAGAAAAUAGCCGACUCAAUACCUCCGAGGGUUUUGAUUCCCGUUGUGAGCGAAACGCAUCAGCUGCUGUUGGAAAAGGAAAAAUUCGACGCGAUAGGACCGGUCAUGUCGGUCUUGGCUGAUAGUUUCGCCAACGUGACCCCCGCCGACUUUACCGCGUUACAGCAGGACUUGACCUCCCUCUUCCUGACAGCACUGCAGUUGCGCAGUGACGCGGUCGACAAGAAUGUGGACAGUGAUGUGGUAGACAGAGCUGAGGAUGAAGUGGUGAACGCGCUGGUGUCUCUUGUGCUGAAGCUUUCAGAGUCCAGUUUCAGACCAUUGUACUUUAAGAUAUACGAUUGGGCUAUUAGGACGAACGUCGACGGACACAAAAAUAGAGCCAUCACAUUCUACAGAUUGAGCAGCGCCAUAGCGGAGAAGCUGAAAGGUCUUUUCGUCUUGUUCGCGGCUCACUUCAUGAAGAACGCUGCUGAUUUGCUCGACGGCUGUAAUAACACAAAAACCGAACAACUUUACUUCGACGACGAGGAAAAAUGUGAAAUCCUCAUCAAAUACAUAAUAAAGACACUUCAUGUAGUGUUUUUGUAUGACAGCCAGCAAUUCGUCAACAAAAAUCGAUUUGAAACGCUGAUGCAGCCAAUUGUGGAUCAAUUAGAAAAUACUGUAGGCGGAAUAUCGAACCUUAAAGUUAGAGCUAUAGAAAACAUUAUUCCGUGCGUAUCACAGUUCGCAGUGGCGACAGCAGACGAUUCGCUUUGGAAGCUUCUAAACUACCAGAUAUUAUUGAAAACUAGGAAUAACGAUGCGGAAAUAAGAUUAACAGCUUUAGACUGUUUAGUAGCUAUGGCAACACAGCUAGGAAGCAGCUGGCUGCCCCUAUUAGCCGAGAGUGUACCAUUCUUAGCUGAGCUCUUAGAAGACGGUGACCAGAGAAUUGAAACCUGCACUAAAGAGGCCAUUAGGAAACUCGAACUUAUACUAGGAGAACCCCUGGAAAAAUACUUUUGAAAGGAAAUAAAUGUUUUAGCAUU